UCGGGGUCUGCCUUCUCGGCUGCAACCGUGGGGGAGGAGGUGGACUUCACACUCCCCGCAGAUCGGAAGAAUCUGCUCAAAACCGCUUGCCUUGCAGGAGCUGGGCCGGCGUCCUCGGCGCCGCCUGAGGCCAGCUUCCGGCGGGACAUAGCUGGGCCGGAAUGGCAGUCUGGAAUGAAUUCCAGUAUUUCCAGAGAAUGACCACGACCACUUCCUCUUCAGUAGAAGGUAAACAGAAUUUGGUGAUUAUGGGUAGGAAGACCUGGUUCUCCAUUCCUGAGAAGAAUAGGCCUUUGAAAGAUAGGAUUAAUUUAGUUCUCAGUAGAGAACUCACGGAAACCCCACAAGGAGCUCAUUUUCUUGCCAAAAGUCUGGAUGGUGCCUUAAAACUCAUUGAGCAACCAGAAUUAGGAAAUAAAGUUGACAAGGUUUGGAUCAUAGGAGGCAGUUCUGUUUACAAGGAAGCCAUGGACCAACCAGGUCAUGUUAGACUGUUCUUGACAAGGAUCCUGCAGGAAUUUGAAAGUGACACAUUUUUUCCUGAAAUUGAUUUAGAGAAAUACAAACUUCUCCCAGCGUUCCCAGGUGUUCUUCCUGAUGUCCAGGAAGAAAAAGGCAUUAAGUACAAAUUUGAAGUGUAUGAAAAGAAUGACUAACAUGAAGGCAUUUUCUCGUUUACUUCAAGUUGCUCUCGAAAGAAUUAAGUAUUUUAACAUCAGGAAAAGAGACUUUGUUGGCUUCAGAUCUGUGGAUAAUUAUUUCUCAGUGGUGAUUUUUAUUUUUUUAAUUUUGUUUUUCCUUCAUUAGUCCUAAGUAGACUAUAUCACACACGACUUGUGAAACAUUUCUUACUCUAACUAUAUAAAUCCCUCAUGGUCCAGGGUUGGGUCUACACCUGCCCACACUGACAUACUGCCCGGACAGCGUGUGUGAGAGCCCCUGACAGCGUGAGUUGAAAGGAGGCCCAUAGAGAUGGGAGCUAGACAGAGAAACAGAGCGGUGCAAAUCCAUGAAGCACAGCACAACUACAGGUUCUAAUUCAGAUGAAAAUUUUAUCAAAGGCUAUAAGUAUUCUGAGUAUAUCAGAUUCUGAUUUAAAAGUCUGUUCCCUCAGAGCAGGGGGUCAGUGAGCUGAGAAGUCUGGUUAUGCAGUAAAGAUGGUGAGAGGUGGGUAAAAGACUAACUUUUGAUGGGUAAAAGUGAAGAAAAGGCCCGAGACCCCUGAAGUAUGGUUUCCACUCUUCAGUGAAGCUCCAUGGGACAGUGCAAUGGAGAGUGCUCUGGUUAAAGCAAUCUAAUAGCAAGCAGAGUGACAAAAAUUCAAAGUUCAAAGAUAUUAUAAAUUACAAAUGAAUAUUCCUAGAAACCCAAAUUAGUGAAUGAGAAAAUAAACUUCACAAAAUUAA